AUGGACACGGAAGCUCCUGCAGCCCAGGGAGUUCAGACGACUACAUCAAGGGAAUGCGAGGCUGUCAGCGGCACAAGUGGAGGGUUUCUGAGUUUCCACCUUCUACAAGGAGUUAUCAGCACAACUGUGAUUCCAUCAUGUAUCCCAGGGGAAUCCGAGGACAACUGCACAGCUUUAGUUCAGAUGGAAGACAAUCCCCAUGUGGCUCAGGUGUCCAUCACAAAGUGCAGCCCUGACAUGGACAGCUACUGCUUUCAUGGACAGUGCAUCUACCUGGUGGACAUGAGUGAGAACUAUUGCAGAUGUGAAGUGGGCUAUACUGGUGUCCGGUGUGAACACUUCUUCCUAACCGUUCACCAACCCUUGAGCAAAGAAUACGUUGCGUUGACAGUGAUCCUCAUUCUCUUGUUCCUUAUCAUAACCGCUGGGUCCAUAUACUAUUUCUGCAGAUGGUACAAAUAUCGAAAAAGUAAGAAAUCAAAGAAGGAAUAUGAGAGAGUGACCUCUGGAGACCCAGCGCUGCCACAAGUCUGA